AUGUUACCCAGCCAGGCCGGGGCCGGGGCCGGGAACGGCGCUGCCGCCCUGGCCCGCGGCUCCGCCAUGGGCCUGGCCCGGGCCGCCUCGGGCCGGCCGGGGCCGGGGCGCCGCGGCGCGAACGGCGGCGGAGCGGGGCCCCGGGGCCCUGGCAACGGCGCGGGGCUGGCGGGGGGCCGCUUCGAGCGGGAGCGGGACGCGGCGGCGGCCGGGGCCGGGGCCGGGCCCGGGCCGCUCUACAGCGGCAGCGAGGGCGACUCGGAGUCGGCGGACGAGGACGAGCUGGGCAGCGGCGAGCGGCGCGGCCUGAAGCGGAGCCUGGCGGACGUGGAGCUCGGGGUGGUGGUGGGGCCCGAGGCGGCGGCGGCGGCGGCCGCGGGCUACGGCGGGGUGAGCGGGGCCGUGAGCGGGGCCAAGCCCGGCAAGAAGACCCGGGGCCGGGUCAAGAUCAAGAUGGAAUUUAUCGACAACAAGCUGCGGCGCUACACCACCUUCAGCAAGCGGAAAACCGGCAUCAUGAAGAAGGCCUAUGAGCUCUCCACCCUGACGGGCACUCAGGUGCUGCUGCUGGUUGCCAGCGAGACAGGCCACGUGUACACGUUUGCCACGCGGAAGCUGCAGCCCAUGAUCACCAGCGAGACGGGGAAGGCGCUGAUCCAGACAUGCCUGAACUCCCCGGACUCACCCCCCCGGUCCGACCCCACCACCGACCAGCGCAUGAGUGCCACGGGCUUCGAGGAGACCGACCUCACCUACCAGGUGUCGGAGUCCGACAGCAGCGGCGAGACAAAGGACUCGCUGAAGCCUGCGUUCACAGUUACCAACUUGCCGGGGACGACGUCAGCCAUCCAGACCGUGCCCACCACCUCCACGUCCAUGCAGGUCAGCAGCGGCCCCUCUUACCCGAUCACCAACUACCUAGCUCCUGUCUCUGCCAGCGUCAGCCCCAACACCGUCACCAGCGCCAAUGGGACUGUGCUCAAAACCACGGGCACCAGCGCCGUGGCCUCCGGAGGGCUUAUGCAGCUCCCCAGCGGCUUCACUCUCAUGCCAGGUGCUUCGCUCCCUCCUGGGACCCCUACCAUUCCUCUCGCCCAGUUACAGCCGCACUCGCUGGCCCUCUCCAGCCAGCAGGGCCAGGCGGUCGCGGGCACAGCUGGACAGCUGCAGCAGGCACAGCAGACAGUCUUCCGUUUCCCCGCCACAGCUGGAGGGCAGAUUGUGUCUCUGACAGGCGGCACCGUGACGCAGCAGGUUCCCGUGCAGGCCAUCCAGGUACAUCAGGCCCCACAGCAAACGUCUCCAUCCAGCGACAGCAGCACUGACCUCGCCCAGACCUCUUCCAGUGGAACAGUGACGCUGCCAGCAACGAUCAUGACUUCGUCUGUGCCAACCACAGUGGGAGGUCACAUGAUGUACCCCAGCCCUCACGCCGUGAUGUAUGCGCCCACCUCAGGCCUGGCGGACGGGGGGCUGACCGUCCUCAAUGCCUUCUCCCAGGCGUCCUCAGCAAUGCAGGUCUCCCACGGACAGGUCCAGGAUCAGGGUGCUGUCCCCCAGGUGUUCCUGACGGCCCCAUCGGGCACUGUUCAGAUUCCAGUCUCAGCCGUCCAGCUUCACCAGAUGGCUGUCAUUGGCCAGCAGUCCAGCAGCAGCAGCAACUUGACCGAGCUGCAGGUGGUGAACUUGGACACGUCCCACGGCGCCAAGAGUGACUGAGAGGCCCUGUGGUGCCCCGGCCCGGGAACUGCGGCAGCUGCUGCCAGCCGGGUGCUGUCUCUGGCCUCGCCGGCGCCGGGAUCAGCAGCGAUUCCCUCUCGUACGGACUGCGUCACUUAUUUAUUGUUGCCUUUUCACGUUUCCUUCACACACACACACGCACGCACACACGGGGCGCGGAAUGGAGCUGAGCCGGGGCUGGGCUGCAUUGGGAUGCUGCAUUUCCUGUGCUUUUCUCACUCCAGCCAAAGAAACUCGGCCCUCGAGGGCAGGGCUCCCCUGCCGUGUCACUAAACAACCUGGUGUCUGCCCCGGCUCCUUGUGAUCACACUGGGCGUCUCCAGCUGCUGUUGGCCAGGAGUAUUCGCACCGAGCAGGGCACGGGCCCAGCGACGCGAUGGGAGCAGCCCCCACCGAAGGAGCUCGCUUCCCAGGUCCAAGUCUCACUCCCCUCUGCCCCUGUGCCAAGGAGGGGUAGGGUGGGUCCAGGCAACGUGCCUUCAGCAUGGCCCAGCAGCAGGUGCCCUCCUGCAGACGGCAAGCUGCUCCAGGGGGCUCCCAGGCUGAGUCUGCUCCCCUGCCAGGAGGGACGCUGGGGCAUCGACAUCCUCCUGGGCUGCUCUCCUGCUGGCAGGGUGGGCUGGACAGGACCUACUCCUGCCCAGGUGGCAGCACAGGUGCCAGGCCCCAUGGCUCGGCCUGCGUGGCAGAAAGCAACCCCCCAGCAGUGGUAGUGCAGCACCAUGGGCGAGAUGCUCCCUUGUCUGUAGCCCUGGCACUGCACUGCUGGGACACAGGAAAGCGAGCUCCUGGCACAGUCCCUACAGCCCCACUGGCCCCAUGCAAUGCCUCCUUGGCCUGGCGGGUGUCCCCGGGGGGCUGUGAUGCUGUCCCAGCACUGUCCAUGAGGAGUGGGGCCGGAGGGGCGCUGCAUGGGAGCCGAGCUGGAAGUAAAGUGCGGUUUGCAUUUCCCAUGUUAAAUGUCUCUUGUUCUGCCUGGCCAAGGCAGUUGCUUUUGUACCCCCUGGACACUAGCGAGCUGCCUGGGAGCAAGGUAACCCGGUUGUGGGACCCUGCCCUUCUCAGAGAGCCCUAAAGCCCAUGGACAUAAAUCAUCUCCGUGGGAUGCUCCAGGGGCCACCAUGUGCUCUCGUUCAGGUGCCAGGGCUGGGAAGACCCAGGUAUGUGGGGGCAGGAUUGCUCUCUGUGCAUCGCAGCGCUGCCUCACUCCUGCCGGGGGCGCUGUCUGCACCCGGGCACAGUUCCUGCCAUGGUUAGUGCUUUCCAGAGCACCAUUUCAAUGCGAGAUGGAGGAACCAACUGAAACGUUCAAGGGAAAAACUUCAGGGUCCCGGAGCUGCCGCGCAGCCUGGCCCAGGAGGCAAACGGGGGCGGUGCGGAUUCCUUCAGGCACCUGGGAGGGGAGGUGGGGCACCCCAGAGGGAGGCGCUUUGGCCGUGUGGACACAGCAGGAGGGGGGAUGGCUCUGCUCGGAAGGAGCGUCCUGUCCUGGGGAUAGGAGAACGUAGGUUGGAGUGAGCGGCUCUGUGGGGAGAGAGGAGGCUGCUGACUCCUUAGGGAACGAAGCAGCUACUGUAACUUUUUUAAAUUAAAGACGAGAAGCCUUGAAAAAAAAAAGACUUUAUUUUUCUAAGUGUUAAACUCAGUAUUUAUGUAAUUCUCAAAGGAAUUCAAGUCUGGCUCCUGUACAGUUUUCAUGGGGUUUGUACCACGGUGGGGGGCGGGUGGUAGGGACAGGAAGGGGCCUUGCUUUUGAAUUUGUAUUGUAACCUUGGACAUGGUUCCUCCAGCAUUAGCGUUUAAGCUGCCCGCCCUGACGUGCUCACAGGUGCUAGGAAUUGAACUGGGGCCAGCUCUGCCAGUUCUGAGGGUGCCUGCGUCCCUUGGACCAGUCUGGGUGGCCUGCAUGGCGGGCUACAGUCCAGCCACUGGCCCCCAGAGGGCAGGGAGGGGCUGCUGGGCUAGCUCCUGCUGGGAAGGGUGGGGCAGGGAGUCCGUCCUCUGCUCCCUCCUGCUGUGUGGUGGGAAGGGGGGAGAGGCUGGCGCGAGGUGCCCAAGCCCUCAAGGGCUCUGCCUGGUGUCGACUGGGAUAUGCGUUGCCACAUGGCUGCAAUUGGAAUGGCGCCCUCAGAGCUGAGAUGGGGACAGGGCCUAAUGGGGGGUCUGCCCUGGCACCCCACUCCCUAAAGCUGUUGUCAGUCUGGGAAACAAGUGCCUCCAGCAGUGGGGUUUGAGAUGGCUUGGGGAGAAGUUUCCAGUGUCCCUGCAAAGCCUUAAUUCUCCCUGAGCUGGGCAGGAGGCCAGCGCCCAGCCCUGGGCGGGCGAGAUGCCGGAGUUUCAGGCUGCUGGCUCUCCUGUCCCCCCGGGGCCAGUCUCUGCCGCUCACACCCCUCCCAGUAACGCAUGCAGACAUGGCUCCCCCCUGCUGCUUUGAGGAGAGGGGUCGGCCUCCCGCCAGCCCUCUCCUUGUGCUGUUUGCUGGUGAGCUGGGCAGGUCCCCUUGGGAGUGUGGAGGUGCUAGGACCAGUCAUUCCUCUUCUCCGCACUGGGGCACUCGCCGGAGUCUUCUCCAAGCCAGGCUCUCUGCUCCCCUCCGGCUGCGCAGCUCCUGGCUCUCGGCAGCAGCUGACCCGUUGUGGGGCCGUGUUCGGCAGGGGGCGGGAGGGGUUAGAGCCCAGCCAUGGCUCAGGCUGAUAUGCCCAGGUCUCUCUGUGGAACAGAGCCACUUUUCUGGGCAGCAAUUUCUUCCUCGUGUUGCUAACUAGGAGUCAGCCAGGGCAGGGAGGGGAUCUGGAGCUGUUGUCUGGCCUUCCCCCCCUGCUUUUCUUCAGCUGAUGGUGCAAAACUGACCCCCUGGCCGGAGCUGGAAUGAGUUGACGUAAGCCCCCGUGCAGCUCCCCCUACCCUCCAAAGGAAAUGCAGUUUAAACGCUAAUGUUGUAUUUUAUUUAAAGUGCGGACUUGUCAGAACACUUGUAUAUCAGGGAUGAAAUGGCAUUUAUUGUGUGGUGACAUUUUUAGUUCCUUUUAUUGAUUGUUUUGGGGUUUGUGUGUGCGAGCGUGUGCUUGGUUGUGUGUGUGCGUGCGUGCAUCUGUGUGUGUGUGGUGGUUGUGGUUUUUUUGUUUUUUGUUUUUAAAGUUUCCAGGGCCGUGUUUUCUGGAAGGAUGUGGAAGUAAUCACAGUACUAUGUACAGAGCUUUCUUUUGUAUUAAAAAAAUACUCUUUCAAUAAAUGUAUCAUUUGUGCACAGA